AUGAAAGAACAUUUAAAUUAUUAUGAAUAUAGCCAAUUUACUACCAUUCAAGAAAUUCGUUCUGGAGUGUCACAAAGAACUUUUAAAAUUCAACGUAAAGUUGAUUUUCAUGAUAAUGUAAUUAGUUGCCAUGGAAUAACAAAACUUGAAUCAGAAAAUCAAAUUAACAAUAAUUAUAUGAUAGUAAUAGAAUACGCUGACGGUGAAUUGAAGCUUGGAGCAUCAUCCAAUUUUCAAUUCAAAUUAUUUGGGAUGGUUCCCUAUGUUGAUCCUAAAAGCUUUAGCAGACGAAGAAAUAAUAAUAACCUAAUGUAUACAUUAAAUGACAAAAGUGAACAUUAUGAUAUUGGUUUAAUUUAUAACAUUUCACAAGGUCGUAGAGAAAUAGUUGUUCCUGAUACACCUGAUGAAUAUGUAAAAACUUUUAUACUGUUAAAAUGUUGGGAUGGUGAACCAGAUAAUCGUCCUACCAUAUAUCGAGUAGUUGAUUUCUUAAAAGCAAUAAUUACAAAAACAGAUAUAAUAAUGGAAAAUCCUCAAUUAUUGAAUGAGCAAGAACUUAAUGAGAUCCCUUUAAGUACCAAUAAUUUAGAAUCACGAGGAGAAUUAUCCCAACUUAUUCAAAAUUUUGAUAAAAUGAAUACAAAGGAAAUUGAUAUAUAA